AUGGCAAGUCUCCUUACUCCAGAGUAUUCUGAUGAGCUGCUACAAUUCGUCACUGAAGUGUACACGCAGGAUAUAGCACACUAUUUCCCCAAGUUAAGACUCGAAAAACUGAUAAAUCUGCUGGAACAUGCUGAAUAUCUGUUCGAGUCCUAUCGACAGUCUUUACAAAAUAACCAGAAAGACGAUUUACUCACUGCGUAUGUUGUGGGCUGCUUUUACAUUUACUUGAUCAUACCGCGGUCAAUUCAGUUCAAUUCCCGGGACAAAUCGUAUGCCAUAUAUGCGGAUCUAAAAAAGUACUAUCAGGACGAGACUCAUAUGACAAAUGUUUUAUUGAUGGUCACAAGUGUGAUAGACACGAUGAGCAAAGAUGAGCACGAGAUUGAUCGAAUAGAUCGUAAAAGGGCCUACUCAGUCCCCCGCAUAACUACCACCGAGAGAUUGCGGCAAAUCGCACUUAAUGAAGAACAAUCGAUUUCUCCGAACAAUCCAGAACCUGAAAAUGACUCCACAAUGUGGACAGCACCGGAUCUUGAACCAAAUGAUCAUCUGAAAGUAAACCUGGGUUCUCUGAGCUCAUCUGCGUCCCUCAUGGCAGAUCAAAUUUUCAGUAAAGCGCUGUCUUCUUCGUCAGACGAGUAUGACCCUCUUGUCGCGGCUACCAGCUCAGAAUUGAGAAAUCGAAGGGGAUCCGCUCCAUCUAAAUCGACUUUGAAGCUAGAAGUGGAAAAGAACUUUGGCGAAGGAAUUCAUUCCCAGGGCGUCGAUCGCUACAAGACACAUAGAAAGGACUCAUACCAUUCAGUGCACAUGGGUGGUGAUGAUUACGACAGUUUUUCGUUCAACCUUGCGAGAUUGCAAAAACAAGCUGUUAUAAGUUGUGACCAACUAUUUGACAUUCUUUCAAGUAGCGAGAAAAAUGACCUUCUCUUGGUGGAUUUGAGACUCGCGAGGAGAUUUCAGUCUAAUCAUAUUAUUGCUCCGAGCUUAGUGAAUAUAGAUCCGAAGGAUUUAUGGAAUAAGAACGCUGACACUACAAUAGACAACAGCACCCAAAUUCAACCUCUUGCGGGCAAAACAUUUUUCCAGAGAAGGUCUGAAUACAAGCGCAUCAUAUACUACACCGAUAUGAAAACCUUUAUGCGCCUAAAUUUCGACUACCAAUUGGUGUUUUUCCAGCUAAUCUACAACUCAGGCAAGACACUACAAUGUGUACCUCAAGUCUUACUAGGUGGCUACGAGCAGUGGAAACGUUUUGUAACGAAGAUAUCCCAAACUCGUCCAAUUCGUAAAGAAGACUUUCUACUCAAUUUUGUCAAAAGCGAGGCUCUUCAAACGAGCGAGAAGACGCAUGGGACUCCGCCUCCACAAUUUGCUCCCCCAUCGGUACCUCCACCACCUAUACCGAUGGAGGUUGAUACAGGUGGGCUGCGCGAGUCUUACGACCGCCCACCGUUUCCGCUUCCACCUAAAGAACCUCUUCAUCGGGAACCAUAUAUGGGAAGACCGCACACAGAGUUCCAAAAGCCGAAAAACUUGGCACUCGUUCCUCAGCAUCAGCACCAGCAUCAGCAUCAGCAUCAUCAUCAUCAGCAUCAUCACCAGAACGUCGCCCAUGACCCCUCCUCUUUUAUUCCAACGAUUGAAGAAAGCACAAAUGAAUAUGUCGCCCUAUCAAUCACCGGGCUUCGAAACUCGGGUAAUACUUGUUACAUCAACAGCAUGCUCCAAUGCCUUUUUGCGACUAAGCCUUUUAGAGAUCUAUUCUUAUCCAGUGGUUACGAGAAAUAUUUCUCUUCCAAGUAUCGGAAUCCAAAUCAACUGUCAAAAUAUUUCCACCUUCUUUUCAAGAAGAUGUAUUUAAAUGGUGGUUGUUCCGUUGUUCCCUCUGGAUUCCUAAAGGCUUGCAAUGCACUUCGCCCGGAUCUGAAAAUUCCACACGAUCAACAAGAUACGCAGGAGUUUCUGUUGUUUUUAUUGAGUCAGCUUCACGACGAAUUGUCUGAAUCCAACUACGUUGCGAUUGACUAUCCUGAACUUGUGCUCCAUGAUGACAAUAAAUUACAAGUAGACGGGAAUGAAUACGACAGCUGGUAUGAUAAACAUCUCUCGGCAAAUGGUAUUUCUCCCAUCGAUAGUAUCUUUCAAGGCCAAAUUGAAAACGGGUUGUUAUGUCAACGCUGCGGCCACACCUCGUAUAACUAUUCGGUUUUCUACGUUUUGUCAUUACCCAUCCCUGGAAAGUCAUCGACUUUCGGCCAAAAGAAGAAAAUCAGACUGGAGGACUGCAUCAAUCUUUACACAAGCGAUGAGCAGUUAACAAACGAAAAUGCAUGGGACUGUCCGAAUUGCGGAAGCUCUGUUUCUGGUCAAGGUCCUGACGAUGACAGGAGAAAAAAGAAGUUUUUGCUAUCUCCAGAUGGCCGUGGCAGUAGCCGAAGCAACUUUUUCAAGUUGCGCACUAAGUCAAGAAGCAGAUCGAUGUCUCCGUUUGGAAAACAGAGCACGAAAACAGCGUCCAACCCAAAGGAGUGGAAGCAGAAGAAGCUUACGUCGAUAAAAACGCUCAACUUCAUUUCUCUACCCUUCGUUCUUACAAUCCAUUUGUCAAGGUUUUAUUAUGAUCUUACGAAAAAGAAUGACAAAGUUAUCACCUAUCCGCUGAGGCUAGGUAUUGUAUUAAAAAAUGGUGAAGUGGUCAAUUACAGACUUUAUGCCAUUGCUAAUCAUUUCGGUAAUCUGAUUAGUGGACAUUACACAUCACUGGUCAACAAGGACCUGACACAUGAGCUGAACAAUGGUAAUCAAAAAUGGUAUUAUUUUGACGACGAAGUUGUGAAAAGAGACACAAACCAUGGAGAUAUCGAUGCAGGCAUUACAAGUGUCUCCAGUGGCGAUGUCUACGUUUUGUUUUACGAGAGAAUAAAGGAAUGA